CUAUGUCUAUGUCCCAACCAACAGCAGCAGAUCUUCGAACGAAACCCGCGUCGCGUCUCAAUUCCGCCUUCUUCACCUUCCCUGCCCCUGCCCUCUCUCUCCAUCAAACGGACAAUUCCAAUUCAAUUUACUCGCUCCCCUUUCAGAUAUAUUCUACAUCGGAGAUUUUCAUUUUCUCCUGCCGCCAUGGUACUUCAGUAGGCAGCGGUUGCGGAGCUUUUGGUUUUCUCUUUGAUUUUUAUUUUACUGUUUGUUUAAUUUUGAAGAUCUUGGAUGGAGGCAGCUGGAACGCAUCGGCAAUCGUUCGGUCAAACGGAGAUUAAUUGGGACAAGCUCGACAAAACCAAGUUCUAUAUAGUUGGAGCCGGGAUUUUUUCCGGGGUUACAGUAGCCCUCUUCCCCAUAACCGUAGUGAAAACCCGGCUACAAGUUGCCUCACACAACACCUCAGAAAGAGGUGUGUUUUCAGUUGCCAGAGGCAUCUUGAAGACCGAUGGGAUUCGUGGUUUCUACAGAGGUUUUGGCACCGUUGUCACGGGAGCAAUACCUACACGUGCUCUAUACCUCACUGCUCUAGAGACGACAAAAUCAGCCGUUCUGGAAGUGCUGGAGCCCUUCAAGCUGUCGGAACCUACACAGGCUGCUAUGGCCAAUGGGGUCGCCGGCAUGACGGCAUCUGUCUGUUCUCAAGCUGUAUUUGUCCCGGUCGAUGUGGUUAGCCAAAGGCUGAUGGUGCAAGGAUAUUCAGGCCACGCGACGUAUAAGGGCGGCGUGGAUGUCUUGCGUAAAGUUGUGAAAUCGGAAGGGAUUCGUGGAUUGUAUCGCGGAUUUGGUCUCUCCGUCGCCACCUAUUCACCAUCUAGUGGCGUUUGGUGGGCAAGUUAUGGCGCCAGCCAACGCUUCAUAUGGAGAAUAUUGGAUGAUCGCAAUGCGCCUCCAAGCGAAGCAGAACUGAUGUUAGUACAAGCUGCCGGAGGGGUAUUCGCCGGCGCUACAGCAGCAUGCAUAACAAAUCCAUUAGACACAAUCAAGACGCGGUUACAGGUAAUGAAGCACGAUACAAGACCUACCGCGAGGCAAGUAGUUAGAAAUUUGAUAGCGGAUGAUGGAUAUAGUGGAUUUUUUCGAGGGCUCGGGCCAAGAUUUUUCAGCAUGUCAGCUUGGGGAACCUCGAUGAUUCUAGCCUACGAAUAUCUGAAGCGCAUGUGCGCAAAAGGCGAAGAGGCUUGAACAACAAUGCUCGUGAAGGAUUAUUAGAGACGAACAAGGUAACCAAAAUAAAUGAAGCCAUUCUUUAGAGAUGUCGACAAACUCAGCAUAUAGAAUUUGAUUAUUUGGCAAAACAAUUGCCAUGAUUCUUUUUAACACUCUGUAUUCGUAGAAACUAUCCGAUUGUGUAAUUGUUCUAUAGAAUGUGCAAUAAUUCUAUUCUACACUCGAUAAUGUUCAGUUAUGAUCCAUAAUGUUCUCUUCAUGAUCA